AUGAGACAUUUAUUAAAGUUUGCAUAUACAUUAUCUAAUCACUCAUCGCCACCAGAGUCACCCGGUACAAAACCAGUGACGCGGACUGCAACUCUCCCCCAACCCCUGCAAAUGACAUCGUACCUGCGAGGCACGCGAAAGGCCCUGGAACGGGCGCCCCACCGCCUGUUUGGCAACAAGUCCGUGGAAGAUCGAGUGAUUGUGGAAUGGGCCAAGGAUUUCAAGGUGGCCCAAGAUGCGCUUCAUUUCCUGACCCACGAGCUCACAACCUGGACCGAGACAUGGAAGAAGCUGCUGGACUCGCAGGCGGACUUUGCUACCGUCUUCGCAGAGCUGUACAGACCCAUUGUCGAGGACAAACACAACUUUAAGGAACCCCAGGUGACGCCAAAGUCCGUGUUGGCGUACGUGACCGACUACGAGCAUCUGGCUCAGGAUCUGGCUGUGGCGCUGCUGCCAUUGACCGAGAGCCUGUGCUCAGUAGCCUGCGACCGCAUCAACACGGUCCGGUCUCAAUUGGAGUCCAUUGAGAAACGCCUAACCAAACGAGCCCACAAAAAGAUUGACUACGAUAAGGCGUCCGAGUCGCUACACAAGGCCAUCAAGAAGAGCACAAACUCCGAAAAGGAUAAGCUGCAUAUCGACACUCUUCAGGCCCGAUUCGACGAGGCCACGGAAAUCUUCAUGGCCAUUGAUGGCGAGGUAAGAACCCAAGUGCCUCAAUACCUGGCCAUGCUCUCAGAGUUCCUGAACCCCUUCACUACCUGGAUCUUCUACCAGCAGAUGACCAUCUACGAGCUGCUGCAGGAGAAAAUCCUCGAAUUCAGUGUCACCCAGGGUCUUACUGAGUGCUCCUCGGUGCACCCCCAGAGCGAAUCGUUCCGAGAGAUCUCAGAAUGCUGGAGAGACCGGUUCCCUGAUCCCCUGAACCGAGCGGAGGAGGGACUCAAGACGAUCCGAGGAGGAGAGACUGUGAAGACAGACUACGACGACUGGGACAGUGAAAAGCACUUCUACACCGGAGAGCGUCACGCACAGUUCUUCGAAAAAGCCAAGGAUGACAUUACGGCAACCACCAUGGGCCUUGUGGAUAAGGCCCAGAAGCCGUUCCAUCACGACAAGCCUGUGCUGUUCUCGUCGGAUCAGGGUUUGUUCCAGGGUGAAGCUGACCCUCUUGGAUUGAUAGGAGGAGACUCUAGCUUGACUCCCGUGACGUCCUACGAUGGAGGGUCGGGUACCAAACUCACCCCUCAGUUGACGCCACAGAGCUCGCCCCUCAAACAAACCCAUUCCCCUCUCAAGACCCCAGCGUCACCAAUAACUCGACGGUCUCGAGCGUUUUCUAACCUCUCCAACGUGUCAACGUCCACUAACGCCAACUCCGGCCCUACUCCCAUCACAUGUCGCCUGGAGGAAAGAUAUCCCAGUGACGUGACUCGUCGUGCUCGUGCGUGGUCUUCUUCGUCCGCCAGAGCACUAUCGCCUCAUCACAUGACCCUUGAAGAGGUGCGUAAGAGUUGGGCUCCUGAAGGCGAGGACGUGGAGAUGCUCAACGAGGAGGAGUCGGGGACUCCAUCGUUCGGCUCUGUGAUUGCAUUGUUCCCGUUUUCAGGCCAGCAACCUGGAGACGUGGCGUUCGAGAAGGGCGACACUCUCAAGCUGCUGUACAACGCUGAGAAUGAGGAUUGGUGGGUGGGACAGACCAAGGAUGGACGCUACGGCUUCUUUCCCCGAAACAGAGUCGGAAUGGUGUAG